CUCAGCACCCUGGGAUUUGAAUGCACUCUUGAAGAGGUUGAUCUUGAAGACAUCACUAAGAAUCAAAUCAACACCAUAAAAGCUUGCAUAUCUGAGGAUCCAGAGACUGGAAACUGUCCCUCACUGGAAAGAUCUACUUUUGAUGCGAGCACGUGCCUGCAGGGCAUCUCUGAGGACCUGAAUGCCUACAAGGCUGAGCUGAGGAACUUCAGCGAUCACCUGCUGCUGGCAAAGAUUGAUGAAAUGUCAAAACCGCCGGCGGGCACAGAGCCGACCUCCUUCAAGAGAAGGAUGAGGCUCUGCAGCGUCCUUCACGCCUUCCGGAUCCGCACCAUCACCAUCAGCAGGGUGAUGAACUUCCUGAGCUCCCCGGAGAGCUCCAGCUAA